AUGACGUCUGUUGCUAGACGAAGGGAACAGGACGAUUCGGGCGAAUAUUCGGACGCAUCACAAGAUAUCGAGCAAAACAAUUCUGGAAUUGAUGGCGCUCAGCAUGAAUCCGAUUAUGACUCCCAGGGAUCAGAAUCUGAGCAUUCCGAUGGCGAUCCAGAGAAACAGGAGACAGAACGCCGUGUUGAUGAUGAUGAAGAUCGCAGCAAUCCACAGUACAUUCCAAAGAGGGGCACCUUCUAUGAACAUGAUGAUCGUACAGCAGCCAGUGGUGAGGAAACAACGAACACUACAUCAGAGACGGUUUCCGAGAAGAAGGAAGGAGUGGAGCCUCCAGCGGAGCGUAGAAGACCACCCAGGAAGGCAGAUGCUGACAAUAAGUGGGCCCACGACAAGUACAACGAAAACGAACAGAUUCCAAAGUCUCGUGACGAGCUAGUAGCUAUAUACGGCUAUGAUAUAAGGAACGAAGACGCGCCGCCUCACGCCAGAAGGAACCGUAGAUAUGGGAGGUACCGACAUUGGCGUCGCGGCCCUAACAAGUACACGCGCACGUGGGAGGAUGAAGAAGCUUAUCGCCGACAACUGGCUCACAAGAAGCCUCCCAGCCCCGCUGACUUCCCUGAACUGGGAGCAACAAACAAACCCGGACGAAAGCCGAGAGCCAGACCGCGUUCAAAGUCUCAACCGGCGUCCAACGAAUCAUCUGAAAACGGAGCGCAGUUAAGACGGAACGCCUCUAUAAAGACGCCCAAACAGAAACCGGUUAAAACUAACAAGACUAACCAGAAGCAAGCCGUUAAAGAGAAUAUAGUUAAAAUGGAGAACUUGACUAUCACAACACCGGUUAAUAACAGCACACAGCGUCGUGUAAGCGCUCAACAACGACCCGUGCCCACUGAAACUAAACACUCACAGCCACCAUCACAAAACAAUGCACCAAAACCUCAAGCACAACAGAAACCUCAGCAGACACAAGCUCCAACAUCCGGUUCAGAGCCUCGCAUCAAGCGAUAUAGUAGCUUGCGGCAGCGACCUCUAGCGGAGUCGUAUUCGCCGCAGCAACAACAGCCUCAACAACAGCAACAGCAACAACAGCCGCAACAACAACAGCAACAGAGAUAUCAUCCAGAUUUUGUAGCCGGACAGCAGCCACCUCAUCAAGCGAAUGCCGGCCAACAGAUGCAUCCACAACAAAUAAUACACCCUCAAGUGCAUAGAAACCAGGGUAAUCAGCAUGGGCCGUCACCGCCUCACCAACAGCCACAACACCCUGCCGGCCAACACCCUCCGGCUCAACACCCUGCCGGGCAACACCCUCCAGCUCAGCACCCUCCGACUCAACACCCUGCCGGACAACACCCUCCCACCCAACAUCCACCGGGUCAACAACACACGCAACAGCGUCGCGGCAUGCACGAGCCUCACGUCCAUCACAGCAUGCACAACAUGCCACAGCAACAUAAUAUUGGUCAAUUGCAACCGGCUCAAGGCUACGCUCCACCCGCUAUGAUGCCAGCCCAAUACAUGCAGGGCGGUUCAUCGGGCGGUGUGUUCGGAGCGCCGAUGUACCCCGCGCCAGCCUAUCAACAUCAAAUGUACCCGCAUCAUAACUUUACGGGCGGAGUAACGUACUACAGUUGCGCUGAACAGGAACAAGCGCCGCGAGCGGUUCGCCGACCGACAGCCGCUAUACCUAUAGUACGACCAGACCGACCUAGUAACGACAGGCCAGCAAAUUCAACAGAAAAGGAUAAUAUUGACAGGAUUGUGGAAAACAUGUUUGUAAGGAAGCCGUGGCCGGCUCAGGAGGGCAAGGAAAAACAGGAAAGAAAUUCUCAAGAGCCACAAAGCAAAGAAACGUCACAACCAAACAGUUUAACAUCCAGUUCGAUAUCAACGGAUUCGAAAACAGAGAAAAACGAGGAGAAACAGGAGAAAACAGAGACUCAGGAGAGUGUCGAACGGACGGAGAGUGGGAAUACAGAGACUUCGGACGCUUGA